CAACCAUCACGGUCGACAAAAUCGAAGAUGAACAACGAUCAAUUCAGGAAGCUACUCAACACACCGGCGAGACAAGAUGGCGCAAGCAGCACACCGCGGGCGAGUGCUGUACCGUCAUCACUCGGAUCCAAACGCUCCUCCUUCAUGCCCAUGACGCCGCGCUCAGUUCGAGGUGCCUCUGGAAACGACUUCGCUCGACAGGUAGCCGAACGCAAUGCUGCAGGUCAGACAGCGAAGAAAUUCAAAGGCUCUGCUGCACCCAAAGGAUCGCGACUGGGAUCAGGCUUCACCGACCGUACGCAAAACAGAUACGAUGACGAGGCCGACGAAAAGGCUGCCCGUAUUAAGGCUCUCGAGGAGCAAGUAAAGCUCGGUCAACUCGACAAUGCAACUUUCGAAGCUCUACGCGAUCAAAUCACUGGUGGUGAUGUCGGUGCUACACAUCUGGUCAAAGGUCUCGAUCGCAAACUUCUUGAGCGUGUCAGAAGAGGUGAAGAUGUUCUUGGAGGAGGCAAGCCCACAACCGAUGAGGACCUGGAAGAUGAAUUUGAAAAAUUCGAAGAGAAGGAAGUUGCUCGUGUUGAGCGAGAACGUGUCGUCAAGAAGGGAGAGAUGGCUCCUCCGCCACCAGUCGCCGGCGCAAAGCGAUCUAGAGAUCAGAUUUUGGCCGAGCUGAAGGCACAAAGAAAGGUUCAGGCCGAUGCUAGACUCGCUGCUAGACCAGAGCUAGGCGACAAGUUUCGAGCUGUUGGCUCUUCGCAAGCAAGUUCGCGUGUCGAAAUCGACUCGAAAGGGCGUGAAGUUCUUAUUACAACCGACGAGCAUGGAAACGUUAAGAAAAAGGUCAGAAAGGUGCAGGCGCCAGUCGAAGUUCCCGCUCAAGCUGCUCCAUCACACAAGUUCCUCGACGAGGGCGUCACGGUCCCAACACCCAAGACGGUCGAGAAGCCUGUGGAGGCAGUAAAGGAAGACUCAGACGACGAUAUCUUCGAUGGUGUUGGAGAUGCCUAUGAUCCUCUAGGCGGCAUUGGUGACGACGACGAGGACUCUUCCGACGACGAAGACGGAGAAGUCCCCGAAAAGUUAUCAAAGCCAAUCACCACAUCAGCACCACCAGCCUCCAAAUCACCGUCUCCAGAAACAGAAGCAACGCCAGCCACAGAAGCAACAAAAGCAAUGCCACCCCCUCCGCCACCAUCCCAACCCACAGCCCCACGCAACUACUUCGCCUCCACCACAACCACAACUUCCGAAACAGCAGAACCCUCCGCACCACAAAACCCCUUCAACGACGCCGCCUUCCUCGCCGCCAUCAAAAAAGCCGGCGCCCUCUCAAACAUCUCCCUCUCCCUCAAUGCCUCUUCAGACGACCCAUCCGCCCCCGAAUCCGCAGAAGCCAAAGAACUACGUCUUCAAAAGCGUGCUCAAAUGCUGGCAGCCAGUGAUCGCGAUAUGGAUGACAUGGACCUCGGUUUCGGAUCGUCAAGAUUUGGUGACGAAGAGGAAGGAGAGGAAGGGGGUAAGAGAGUUAAGCUUUCGACUUGGAAGGGAACGGGUGGGGAUGAUGAUGAUGAUGAAGAUGGCGGGGAUGGAGGAAACAAAGAGAAGAAGAAGAGGGGAAGGAAGAGAAGGGGUGAUAAGAACAAUGCUCAAGAUGUAUUGGGGGUCAUGGAGAGGAGGAAAGAGGCUGGAAAGUAG